UGUUCCCUCCUUUUCUGUCACUAGCUUCCCCUAUAAAACCACUCUCGACCUCCAUCGCUCAGACUUGUUUCUCUCUCUAAAAAACACCUAGACUACGUGAGACUACGAACAACACUUUCUUUAACUCAGGAACAAGAUUUGCGGAAAUGCAGAGAGAAAUCUCAACCUCCAAUGGCGGAAUCAUCGAUUUCGAUCAAUCAGACGGCUUCGACGGUUACACGUCACUGUACUCCUCCGUCUUCCAGCCGCAAACCUCCUUCUUCUCGCUCACUCCCUCCGAUUGCUCCACCGACGAAGACACCGGCAACAGCCCAAUCGGUGUCGAUUUCAUGCAAUCGCUCGAAAACGCCUCCUACUCUCGCUUUCUAUUGGAGCACCAAGACCUCGUCGACCGCCAUAACCUCUGUCUCUCUCACCUCCGCAACGCCGCCAAAGAAGCCGAAGCUCUGCGUCAAGACAACAUGAAUCUCCGAGUCUCCAACAUCAAUCUCAACAAGCGUUUAGCUCUCCUGAUCCGAGCUUCGGUCAAUAACCGCUCUGAUCACUACACGUCGUCGUCGGCGUCUUCGUUCGUGAAUGAUCAGUUUCGUCAGAUGUGUAUUGGAGAGACGGCGGCUGCGGCGGCGGGGAAUGAGAGUGGAGCUUGGGAGGAGGUUUCCGUCGAGAGUCCGACGAGUGUGAUUGAGAACGACCGGUUCGAGGGGAAGGUCUCGGACCGGGUUUCGCUGCCCAAGAGUAUUUCGGUCCGGCCCAAUGACCAAGCCGGUGGGAGCAAUGGAGGUCGGGUUCGACGACCGAACCGGAUCAAAACCCCUCAUCCCUUCACUGGAACGCAAAAGGUGUAUGUACGUGGAGGAGGGAACAGGAAAGAGGAGCAACAACAGGUUGAAUUGGAGGUGUACAACCAAGGCAUGUUCAAGACUGAGCUGUGCAACAAAUGGCAAGAGACCGGCGCGUGCCCUUACGGGGAACAAUGUCAAUUCGCUCAUGGCAUUGCAGAGCUCCGCCCUGUGCUCCGCCACCCUCGCUACAAAACUGAGGUCUGCCGCAUGGUCCUUGCCGGUGACCACUGCCCUUACGGCCACCGCUGCCACUUCCGCCAUGCCCUCACUGACGAGGAGAGGCUCAGCCUCAGGAGGAGCCCACUCAAACCCAAGCCUGUCAAUAUGCAAUGAAAAUAACUUGGAAGAUGAGACAGACUUAUAAUUUCAAUGGAAUGGAAAUGUUUAUAAUCCUCACAAUAAUAAUGUAGUGGUAGUAGUAUAUAAAAGAAUGAAUUCAAUAUGAUGAUGACGGUAAUAAUAUCAGUUGGUGGGCCGGAUCCGAAGAUGUAUAUGUCAGAGAGAUGUAAAACAAUAGAGACACAUUUGUUGUACGUUUUCAUUGUGCUAGACCUUUUUCCUUCUUUUUUUUUUUUUUUUUUUUUUUUUUUUUUUUUCAGUGAAAUAUGAGAUUUAAUUGUUACGUUGCAUGGGCUUUGUGAGAGAGAUGUAAAACUAUAGAGACACAUUUGUUGUACGUUUCAUUGUGCUAGACAUUUUUUUUUUUUCUUUCUUUAAUUGAAAUAUGAGAUUUAAUUGUUACGUUGCAUGGGCUUUGUUUUUUUGGGCAUCUAAUUCCAAACUCUUCAAUCCAAGAGUUGGGCCUACCAUGUGUUUGGGCCCAACUUUAGACGGAAGAGCGGGCCGGACAAUCAUCAUUCAUGUGGCUCGACUCCCACUAGACCUUGUCUUAUGGCUCUUUUGACAAUGCGAAGCUUCGGUACUCCUCACUUUUGACAGCAUUCAUCUGCGUAUAUAUGUGUGUAUAUAUGUGUGUAAUCGAGGGAGUGAGGGAGGUGUGUAAGUGGAGUGGAGAGAAAGGAGUAAGUGGGAAAGGGAGAUAGAUCUGCAAGAAAUUGUGGGUAUGGGGGUGAUUGGAAAGGAAAACUUGUUUGUUUGGGUGAGCACAGAAAUCCUUUCCAACACCCCCCAUUCCUAUGAUUUCUUGCCGUUCCUCCCUUUCCCUUACUUGUCCUGCUUAGAUCUCAACUUGUCCUCUGCUGCUACCAAAUAUAACAUCUUUAUUCUUUGUGCUAAUUAUAUUUUAGGGUUUAUUGGAGUAUUACUAAUGAUUUUUGAAUGGUUUAUGAAUAUUUUUAGUGUUUGAUCUGCAAUUUCACAUGACUUAGCUUUAGUGUAAUAAAAUCACAGAUCUUUAAUGACUGCACUAGUUCCCUUGUUAUCUCAGUUCUUCUCUCAGAAAUUUCAAGUAUUUAAACCCUUACUACAAUUUGUUUAACUAUAACACCAGAAAUAAAUCAUUUUAAUGUUAAAGAUGCAAUCUUGUGUUCUUUUGCUUGCUUGUCUAUUUUGUUUAAUUAUUUACUGAAAUUACAAGAUCCUAAAGGUUGUUUGUGAUGGAUAAUGAUUUCAAACAGUAGUGUUGUAUUUUUAGUUGACAAGGGUUAGAAUUGUGUCUGUUUUGAAGGUGAUGCUCAAGAGAUCGAGCGAUAUUUCUGUUUGUGUAGUUAAUUUUAGUUAUUUACUGUAAUUGCAAGAUGCUAAAGGAAAAGUAUUUACUGUGAUUUACAAUUAUUUAUCUUAUUUACGAUUUUUUUGCUGUUUAUUUGUUUGAUUCAUCUGUGUAUAUAUGUGUGUGUAAUAGAGAGAGAGAGAGAGAGAGAGGGAGAUGUUUAUGUGGAGAGAAAGGAGUAAGUGGGAAAGGGAGAUAGAUCUGCAGGAAAUUGUGGGUGUGGGAUGAUUGGAAAGGAAAACUUGUUUGUUUGGGUGGGCACAGAAAUCCUUUCCAAUACCUCCCAUACCGAUGAUUUCUUGCUGUUCCUCCCCUUCCCUUACUUGUCCAGCUUAGAUCUCAACUUGUCCUCUGCUGCUACCUAAGGUAACAUCUUUCUUUUUUGUGCUAAUUCUAUUUUAUGGUUUUUUGUUAUUACUUAUGAUUUUUGAAUGGUUUAUGAGUAUUUACUGUUUGAUCUGCACUAGUUCCCUUGUUAUCUCAGUUCUUCUUUAAUACGUAGUAAAGUUCUAGUAUUUAAAGUCUUAUUACAUUUUGUUUAACAAUAACACCAUGAUAAUAUACUUGAAAUAUUGCAUUUUAAUGUUCAAGAUGUAAUAAUCUUUUGUUCUUUUGCUUGCUCGUGUAUUUUGUUUAAUUGUUUACUGUAAUUACAAGAUCCUAAAGGCUGUUUGUGGUGGACAGUGGUUACAAACUAUAGUGUUGCAUCUGUAGUUGAGAGGGUCAGAAUUGUGUCUGUUGUGAAGGAGAUGCUCCAGGCAUGUUUUUCUGCUGCUACCACUAGCGAUCUCUCUGUCUUGCUUGUUCGUUAAGAUAAGCAGGUAUUUUAAUGGAGCAAAUUAUUCUGUCUUAGUGUGAGUUUUUCUAGUUUCUUCUGGAAAACUUCAUCUUGCUCAAAUUGUUGAGUAGUGAUGUGGUAGACCUAGCUAGGUUCUUUGUUUUGUUUUCUUGAUCCAUGCUUUGCUUCUGUUUUGCUGAUUGCUACUUUUGUUAUUGACUUCACUUUUCCUAAACAAGAUGAUUCUGAAUCUUGGUAAUUUUUAGUGUUUGUGAAAAUUGAGGUUAGUUUAGAUUGGAAGGGCAGCUUGAUUCUUGACUUAGAGGUGCAAAAGCCAAGAGUCGGGCACUCCAAGGUCAAGCAGAUUAGACUUCACCCAAUUUAUUGCCAUGGUGAAGGCUAUUAUAUUUUGCUUUAAAAGAUAUAUGAAACAACUGAUUGCAUCAUUGUCUUCAAAGAAAUGGACUUGUUUGGAAAAAUCGUUUCUUCUUGGUUAUUAUUUUAUUAACUGAUUAGUCUGAUCUAAAACUAAAAAGGGAAGAAUAUUUGGGGAACUGUCAAAUUUAAUUGGCCCGGCCUCUACCCAGCUUCAUUCAUCAUCAUCAUCAUCUUCAUCCUCGCCUUUCUCCCAUAUAGAUUGGCCAGCCACGUCAAUUUUCUUUUUUCAUUCUUUCCUAUUAUAAAUCAUGUUUUUUCUAGUAUUUAAUUUUUUGAAAUCAUAUUAAUUUCUUUACCCCAUGUAACUUUUGGUCAGCCUUUUUGUCCCUUACCUUCUAGGCAAACAACUCUUGGUGCAUCUUCAAAUCUACAUUGCAUAUUAUCCUACCAUCUAAGUCUACUUUCUCUAAUUUUAUCAUCAAUAUUCGUUAUUCCUAGUUUUUUCCUAACUUGUUUAUUACUAAUCUUGUCUCUUCUAGUCACUCCGAAGUCUCCAAUUAUCCAUUGUAGCAUCCUCAUUUCUGCUACAUUAACAUGUUCUUGUUUCUUUUUUCGUGCCCAACACACUGCUCCAUACAAUUUAGUUGACCUAAUAAUUGUCCUAUAGAAUUUUGUUUUUAAUUUAUUUGAUAUUCGUUUGUGACAUGAGAUACAACUAAUUAACCCUAAAUAUCGAAAGUAGUUAUUUUGAAUCGCAUACUAUUGACUCUAGUUCAUUGUAAUUAGUAAAUUCAGUGCAAUGUUUUCUGGUGUAAGGUCGUAGCCUAAAACAUGAAGAUUAUAAGAUUAUGACUUUGAUCAAAAAAAAAAUAUUAUAAGAUUAUAAGAUUAUCAUAUAAUCAUAAGAUUAUAAGAUUAUGAUUAUAUGAAAAUAUUUUUUUAUUUAUCAAAAAAAAAAUAAGAUUAUGAUUUUGAUGUGAAUAGCAUUCAGGGUUUCACAGCAAAGAUUUGCAUUCAUCUCAGGAGAAAGUCGAAAGCAUGGGCAAGCUUAAGAUUUAUGUAUGUUUGUAUUUUGAUAAAAGAAAUGAAAUAUACACAAAGACCAGUGAAGAACAGCAACUUUAUUUAAAAAUUGUUAAAAUUUGAAAAAUAAGGAGGCUGCUAGGAAGGUCACAAUAAUGGACUUAACAUUAUAGGAACCUUGACCAGUACUUAUAAGUGAGAACAUUUUCCAGGUCAAAUUGGUUGUUUACAAAGAGAAAAUGAAUAUUUUUUUAUUAAGGGUUAACAUCUAACUGGUUUAAUAUGGCUUGGAAUAUAAUUAAAUUUGACAGUUAAUUAACUUUUCACUGAUAAGUAAGCAAGAAAACUAUUAAAUAUAUACAUAGAUUGAUCUAAUAUAGUAGAGAGAAAUCUCAACUGGAUGUGAGACUAACCCAAUAAGCUAUUGUGCUUAUAUGGCAUUUAAGAACUAUACUUAAUCUUUAUGUGCUAAUAGUUGUUAAAGACAGUCUCUAAUGUGUAGGCUUUAUCUGAAGGAUGGUUGUAACCUGUUUUCUCUAGUUUUGAAUUAGUUUUGUAGCUGUGCUAUAGAUUGUCACUAUUGUCUUAAGCAUUCCUCUUAGUUUUGAUUGGCUAGGUAAGCCUAGCUUAACACAUGCUUCGAAGUUGCACACACCAGGAAAAUAAAAUUACUUAAAUUAAUAAUUGAAAUGAUGGAAAAUCGGACAUGUCAAUGGACUUGUUCAACUGUUUACUGUACUUUUCCUUGUUUAAUUAAGAUGAAUCAAAAGGAUAUGGAGAUCACAUUUUGUUUCUUAAUACAUGGCUCCGAGCUUGACCUUGGUUUUUUCUACCUUCAUUGUGCAAAUGGUUUUAGUUUACUGCAGAUUCCUAUGUUUAGUAUUAUGUUGCAACAGUCUUUAACCACUAGUUUUUGUUCUUCACGUGAAUUUAUGGCAACCACAAGCAUGAUUGUGUGAGAAUAUGAAGAAUUUGUGAGCUCAAACCAUUCAAAUGAGCCUUUAAUUUGAGUUUUAGAUUCUUUAGAAUCUUUUUUUAUUUUUAGUUAGUUUUGCUAAUAUGCUACUGUUGUUAACUUUAGAUCUCGUAGAUUUUGCAAAUUCACAUGACACACACAUCAUGCUUUUACUUCUUCCUACUUUUGAUGAUGUAGUGAUCUGAACAUGAUACAUAUGUGAUGAAUAUUCCACUUUUGAGAGUUAUGCUCAAAUCUAAUUUUCUAUUAUUUGAAGACGACUAAAAUUUUCUAGAUUACAUUUUUUUUUUAUUCUAUAAACAAGCAUGAAAGGAAUUAUUUUUUUUUUGUGUUCAAGAAAUAAAUUUCAGAAGAAUCUGCAUCUGUAUUGAAUUUGUUUUUUGUAUUACAGGAGGCAGCCAAAACUGUUGGGAUGAUCUAACUUAUGGACUAUAGCUAGGCUUGUGGCUUUGAGCUUGUAAUUCUAUUGAUUAUUAUUAUUUUCGGUGGGUAUAAUUAAAUAUAAGAAUCAUGAUGGUUUGUGGAAUACAUUUUUCUCGGAUUUUUGCAGAUGAAACAGAGGAUGUUUGGAUAUAGAAAUUACAAUAUCAGAUUUUUCUUCCCCUUCCAAAUUCAAAGUGUUGCGGUUCAUGUUUCCACCUGAAAAUUCAGGAUAUUUUAGAUACUAAUUUGGCACUAAUGCCUCUGGUUCCUGUGAUCUCAAGUCCUAUAGUCUCCAUGCUUUAUUGCAUGGAUUUGAUGUUACUACUUGCUAAUUCAAUGAAAGAAUGUUGGAUUUGUAGCUGAGAAGAAUGUAAUGUGAAUUUACCUGGUUCAAAGUUUGAUCAUGAGAUUGAAGCUUUAGGCACAUAAAAAUGGAUACAUUUCUGAAGUCACUCUAUGGUUCCUAUUUUUCCUUGCGAAUUCAAUUUUUAUUUUAUUUUAUUAUUAUUAUUAAUUUUUUCUGGUUUUGGGUAGCAAAUUGAAAUAAGAUGUCAUUUCUCCUGGCACUCAAUAACUUUUCAAGGUUUGUAAACUUCAAUUGCACCAAUAAGAUUUUGGAUUCUAAUUUUAAAUGGUUUGAGGAGGAAUGCAGGAAGCAAAACCUAAAUACAACAAUCAUUUUCCAUUGGCGCCCUAAAGCCCUGUUUUGCAUGCCUUUUGUUUUUGGGUUGUUACAAUGUCAAUUUUGGCAAUAAAAAUAUGUUUGGUGCA